GCCGGAAAUGACGUUUUAACUACGAGCGCCGCUUCCAAAACACAACCAGGAGUCUGCAAAGGGAGCCGGAAAUGGCAUGAUUAAGUGAUUUAGACAUCUCACAGGCCUGAUCAUGUCUGUGGUGACAGUCCAGCUGGGUCAGUGCGGUAACCAGGUGGGACAGGAGCUGUUUGACGUCAUGCGUAGCGAUGCUCCAGACGUCCACAGGAAAACGUACAGCGCGGUCAGCCGUGAGCGCUUCUUCCGCCAGACCACACAGGGAGCCCUUGAAGCCAGGGCGGUGCUGAUUGAUAUGGAGCCUAAAGUGAUCAACCACAGCAUGAGCGAGGCUGCGAAGUCUGGCAGGUGGAGGUAUGGAGAAACGUCCCACUUCAGCCAGAAACAGGGCUCUGGAAACAACUGGGCCAAUGGGUAUUGCGUCCAUGGCCCUCGUCACAGAGACGCGGUGGAGGAGCUGGUGAGGAGGGAGGUGGAGCAUUGCGACAUGCUGGCGGGGUUCAUCCCCAUCAUGAGUGUCGCGGGGGGGACAGGUUCAGGAGUCGGUACUUUCGUCACUCAGUGUCUCAGAGACGUCUACCCAUCGUCGUUUGUCCUUAACCACCUCACCUGGCCAUAUGGGACUGGGGAAGUGAUUGUCCAGAACUACAACUCGGUGCUGACGCUUGCACACCUCUACCAGCUCUCUGAUGCCAUCCUGGUGCACGAGAACGACAUCGUGCACAAGAUCUGCAGUCAGCUGCUGAAGAUCAAGCAGAUCUCUUUCAGUGACAUCAACAGGGUCAUCGCUCACCAGCUGGGUGGGGUGCUGCAGCCCACGCUCACGCCCGUUUCCUGUGGAGCGUACAGUAGGCAUCCUAUUGGCGAGUUGAUGAGCGCUCUCGCCUGCCACCCAGAGUACAAGCUGCUGAGUGUGUGCACCAUCCCCCAGAUGGCCAGCUCCUCCAUCGCCUUCAGCACCUUCAGCUGGCCGGCGCUGCUCAAACACCUGCGGCAGAUGCUCAUCUCCAACAGCAAGAUGGAAGGAGGUAUAGACUGGCAGGUCUGUCCCCCUCCAGCCUCAGCGGGGCGGUCCAGGAGUCUCUCAGCUGGCAGCUUCAACACCUCCCUGGCCAACCUGCUCAUCCUGAGGGGGAAGGACGUCUACAGUGCAGACACAGGGGGAUUUGAAGACCCAGCUAUUUAUACUUCAUGGCUUCCACCAGACGAAGCGCUUAGCUUGUGGAAAUCCCCCGUCCCCUUCAAUAAGUAUGAGAAGUCUGCAACACUGGUUAGCAACAGCCAGGCUCUGCUCAGACCUCUGGAUGACAUGGUGAGAAAAGCCUGGAACAUGUUUGCUUCCAGGGCCUACAUCCAUCAGUACGUUAAAUUUGGGAUCUCAGAGGAGGAUUUUCUGGACAGCUUUACGUCUCUUGAGCAGGUGAUCUCCAGCUACUCUGAGCUUCAAUAGGUAAGCUGAGAGUAGCUGUGAGAGAGCAACAAACACAAUGGACUGAUUUUAACUGCAUUAUUUAUUUUGGUAGAUUUAAAAAAAAAAAAAAAA